UUAUUGAUUUCAGAUAACGUCUCGAUUUAUGGCCGAUGUCAUUGCCGAUUGUGUAAUGGGUUUGCAGAGCGACAGCUUCAAAGAUGUUAACUCACCAUUGCUGGUCAAACGACAUGAAAUGUUUCGAUUUCAUCCAGUCUACAUGAUCCUUACCGGUCUACUGCCAAGUAUUGCAAAGAUUAAAAAAGUUCGAUCGAUAAGUAAGGAAUUCGAAGAGUAUUUUGUCGAUUUAAUGGGCAAAACAAUGGAAAUGCGAAAAUCUCAUCUAGCAGCACAAGAAAGAGUCGAUUUCCUUAAUUACCUCUUGCAAUUGCAAGAAAAGAAGAAUUUAACCCAUAUGGAAUUGUGUGCUCACGCAAUGACUUUCAUAUUGGAUGGAUUCGAAACAGUGUCAUCGAUUCUGGCUCAUACAUUGUUACUGUUGGCUCGUCAUCCAGAGAAACAAGAAAAAUUGCGACUGGAAAUUCAAGAAAAUUUAUCUUCAAAUCGAGAUUUUAAUGCCAUUCAUGAAUUGCCCUAUCUUAAUUCGUGUAUCCUUGAAUCUCUACGUUUGUUUCCGGUGGAUUUGUUUUCUCGUAAAAUUUGCACCGAACCCAUCGAAUUGACAAAUAAAAAUGGCAAAACCUUCAAAGUUCCCCGUGGUAUGUUGGUCAUUAUUCCCAAAUAUCCGAUUAUGAUGGACGAUGAUUAUUACCCGGAUGCUUUGGAAUUCCUUCCGGAAAGAUUUUUAGAAGAAAGCGGUGGCGUUAAGAAAUAUCUCUCCAAAGGCGUCUAUUGGUGUUAUGGCGAUGGUCCAAGAAUUUGUCUAGGUGUAACUUUUGGUUUUGUCCAAAUUAAGGCCGCCUUGGUGGAAAUUUUAACAUCAUUCCGUGUUAAGCCAAAUCCCAAAACUCGCACUGAUUAUGACUUGGAUCCUACAUAUUUCUUGGCCCGUCUUGAUGGUGGAAUAUAUUUAGAUUUUGAAUUACUCUAAACUUGAUCUCGUUGUCUUGAUAUGGAAUACAUAAAUUAUAUUAACUGAAUGAAAAAGUUAAGUAAUAAAAUAUCUUGAUUAAGCUAGUAAUAUUACAA